AUGGCACCGUCCACUUUUAUCGCAGUCUUCUUCAAGGAAUUACCGUUCGAUGAUUUUGGAGAAAACACAAUCGAGCCCGAGCAUAACCAUGAUGUGCGAAAAAUGACUGGUCAGGGCUGUGUUGGAGAAGUCUCAAAGCAGUCACACCAUCAUCCUCCAUCCUAUCCCUCUUCUUGCUUUCGACACAUCUACCCAAACGCCAACUUCCUCGACUCGGUUCCUGCCACAAUGAUUGGGAGAAAUGAUCAUGUCCAGAAGGCCUUCCCCGACCCAGCCAAAGACAAACGCGCUAUUUCUUUUUUACUCUGUGAUCAAAAAGCGACAAUGGACGGAAAGGAGGAACUGGGAAUGGGAUAG